CUCACUGGUCGUCAGGAAGUUUAGAACCAACCGUGAGUACACAGACCUCUAAUUAUCUGACUCGGAGCCCCAAGUUUGUAUAUUUUUAUUUACUUCAUAGUUAAGAGACUAUAGAAGAUGACAUGUGUGAUGUUCAGAGACGCUUUUUGGGGGUCAGAUUUUACCUGCCACGCAGGCUAUGAGGCUAUGGUGCAACGUUUACGGGAUGGAAGACAGAUGUGCAAAGAUGUGGAAGAACUUUUAAGGAUGAGGGCAGCAGCAGAGGAAAAGUAUGGCAGGGAAAUGGUGACCAUUGCCCGUAAAGCUGGAGGACACGCAGAAAUAAGCACUUUGAAAGCUUCCUUCCAACAAUUAAAAACACAAAUUGAGAACAUGGGACAUUUUCAUAUCCAAAUGUCUGAGGCAAUGAAAGAGGAAGUGAAAAAGAUUGAGGCAUUCAGAGAGCGACAAAAAGAGCAGAGAAAAAAGUUUGAAAGCAUCAUGGAGAAGUUGCAGAAGAAAAAGGUGUCCAUGUUCAAGAAAACAAUGGAGUCAAAGAAGAUCUAUGAGGUGCGAUGCAAGGAGGCGGAUGAGGCUGAGCAUACAACAAAGACAGCCAUUGCAGCCAAACAAGGAGAAAAGGUGCACCACAGGGCCAAACAUUGCAGACGGGCAGCGUGUGAAGCAGAGUGUUCCUACUUGACCAACAUCACCCUGCUGGAAAGCAUUCGCCAGGACUGGGAGGAAACACACAGAAGCACGUGUGAGGUGUUCCAGCAGCUGGAGGCCGAUCGCAUUGGCGUGCUCAGGUGUACCUUGUGGGACCACUGCAAUCACAUCUCUAUGCAAUGUGUCAAAGACGACGAGUUCUAUGAGGAGGUGAGGAAGCAACUGGAGCACUGUGACAUCACCGCUAUCAACAAUUGUUUCAUAGAGAUGAAAAGGACGGGUUUGCGUCCACCAGAGCCUGUUGAAUUUGAGAGCUAUUACCAGAGGGAGACGUCUGCAGAUGGAACUGGCCAAGCCCGCCCAGCACAAGGCGUACUGAGGAGACGCUCUGAUCCUCUACUGGGAGCUUCUGUAGGAAUAAACGGGCCUAAAAGACAGCUUUCAAUAUCACCAUGUAGUGGAGAAAAUAAGACAUCGGAUGGGUCAUACGCAUCACUGCCAACCCUGGAUGAGGACACCUACUUUGUGCUUUAUAACUACACCGCACAGGGGGAAGAUGAACUGACCGUCCGCAGAGGUGAUGUGGUCCAGGUCCUGGAGAGAGGAGAGGACGGCUGGUGGACGGUGGUAGGACACGGGCAGAGGGGAAUCGUGCCUGGAAACUAUCUGGGAAAACUGUGAAUAAACUUGUAGGGAAGGUCAAGUGAAACCCAAACAUGGGAUACAAGAAAACAUACAAGUCAAAUAUACUGUAAGAAAAUAUUAUUUAUGGUUCAUAACCACUUGUCCCCUUAGAAUAAAAUAGAAUAUAUCUUUAUUUUCAUUGUACAUUGUACAACAAAAUUGUAUGCAAACUAAUUUAGUGCAAAAAUCAUACAUAAAAAAUAAGAACAAUGAUAAAUACAUAAAAUACAUAAAAAUACCAAGCAUACAGCUCACAUGCACAGUCAUUAUUGUUACCUUGUGUUCAGCGACACUAUUGCUCUUGGGUAAAAAGUGUUUUUAAAACGGUUUGUCCGGCAAUUUAUCGCCCUGUAUCUCCUGCCUGAGGGCAUCAGUUCAAAAAGUUUAUGUCUAGGGUGAGAUGGGUCCUUUAUGAUGUUUUGGGCCUUUUUUUGUCCCCUUUAAAAGGGAACAAUAUUCUGUCGUUUUACUUUGAAAUGAAAUAAUUUCGAUGUUACUUUAGUAGUGAUGGCGGACCAGCCAAGGAACUGGCCAUGUUGAGUUAGCGUUAGUAUUGGUGCUAAUGUUAUUGUUCCAGAGAUAGUGUGCGGCCUUUGUACAGUAUUUACUGCACACAAAGACGGUCAGACAAUGUUUAACACUCUGGGGACAUUCAAGUUUAAUUAUAUCCGAAGCCAAAAGUUUUUCAGGACCGUAAAAAAGUGUUUUUUUGGUUGUUGUUUUUUAUUUCUUUUGCUCAAAAUUUUCAAUAAAAAUCAGUCCAAAGAGUGGCGGGCCGUGCGUUUCUCACCUAGGCCUUCAGUGAUGUCCUAAUUUAUGUCACCAGAUGGACACGGCUGAAGAUACUACACAGAAACAUACUUGCACGCUACUACACAUUGAACCCCCUCAACAGUGUACAAAAGGGUCUAUUUCUCCGCGCAUUUAACAUUCAAUAAACCUGCUUCAGCAAUAUCUUACAUGGUACUGUCGAAAUUAAAAUAAUGGUAUAAAACAAAUGGAAUAUGAAAAAGUUAAAUAUUUGAACUCAUAAUUUGUAGCACCCAUCCGAUGCCGUACAAGCCAGUGGUACCGUCGGAGACGGUGAAAGUGGCGAGUAAACCAUUCGACGCCGGUGUUGUGCUAAAAUGUGAUUGCUUGCCAAAAAUGUAUUUCCUUCGUCGGAGCGCAGAAUGCUCGCUAAACCUGCAUUGCUUGGCUUCGUCUGUCCACAGCGGAUUACUAGGUGUAAGACAAACACUUUAUCUUGGUGGUUAUUGUAGCGGUGAGUUUCCUGUAGUUUUGUAUGGCUCGUAUGGUUCCGGUGCCACUUCCUGUUUUCACAACUUGUGACUGGAUACUCACUUGGGACUCCCGAGCAUCCAAUCACAGCAUUAGGCCAGCUAGAAGGCCCUACUGACAACAACUUGGAUCUGAUUGGCUAUCGCAAUUGUCAGCAUUGGAAGGAGCAUAUUUUGACAUGAAGAGAAUACUUUUAGAUAUUUAGGGAAAGUAAAUAAAAAAAUACUUUUAUCUUUAAUUAUGAUUAUGAUUUCUAGUUAUGUUAGGCCAACAGAGAAGGCCUUGCUGGCCCUGACGGCACACCACUGAGUCCAAACGCGUCUCGGAUGUUGUCAUUCAUCCAGGUCAUUGUAUUCUCAGGGCAUUCAAUCGAUGGCAACUGGACUGUUUGGUUAACCUUUUGUCUCUCAACAGUUUGUAUGGUUCACUUGAUCCGACCAAUUUAAGUCUAGACGUCCUCGAAGACCAACCAAACAGUUCAGUCCUAAACAAAAUGAUCAAACAUAUAAUUUUUUGAAAAGUUUAUGAUGUUAUGCAAAUGCAUACUAACUGACAACUGUAACAUCAUUUGAUCAAAAAGCAUUUAAAGGGUUGAAAUGAAAAUGUAUAACAGUACAUGUUUUGUAGGGGUUCUCCCAAAAAAAAUUCACGUCCAAAUUGGGAUUUUUUUUUAAAUUCAAUUUCUAAUUCGAUUCAUAAGUUUUCAAAAAUCUUUUUUUUUUUCAUAUUUAAAAGAAAUACAUCUAGGAAUCAAUUUUUGCAUUGAAAUACAUUAAACAACUAUAGAUAGUAUUCAUAUUUUUUUUAUUACUGAUACUGUUCCUCUCAUUUAAGUUGUUUUGUAUGUCUUCCCAAUUGCUUUGUAAAUUUCUAUCCUAUUUAAUGUAACGCUGGGUUUGGGUUGGAUUUGUUUUAUUCCCUUUUAUUAGACUCUUUAAUAUUCUGUGAUUUUUGUAGGGUUGUAGGGCUGUUUUGAAAAGGUUUUAUCAUAAACUAUAUACCAAAUAAUAUACAAAAAUCCUGAAUGGAAUAGUCACCCCAAAUAUGGAAAAUAAAUCAAAUCGUGAGGUGCCUAAAAAAUCCCACCUCUAAUUUUUGGUAUUUUUGUUAUAGGACAUAUGUUGAUUAAAGAGAUUUGAGGAAAAAAGUAUUAAUAAAAAAUGUUUUGAUGCCAUUUGAAAAAUUUACUUUAAUGUCCAAUUAGGCUCUGGGAUAUUGUACACCUGUUUCGCACGUGUGAAAUAAUUGGACAUUGAACUCUUUGAAUGCAGUAUGAUAAAAUACCGAAAAAUCCUGAUUGAGUAGCAAUAAAAAAUAUGGCCAAAAUACAGCAAUCAUGAACUGAAAUGACAAAAAAAGUCAGCCUUUGUCCCUCAGGGUUAAAUAACUUUUAUCAUUAUAGACACCCUGUCUUAAAAUAAUCUCUUAUUCAAUCACCUGAAAUGCAAGAAAAUAACAAUUUAUUGUGACACGGGAAGUCACUAAAAGUUGUUUUUACUACAAAACACACUGACAGCAAAUAAUACAUGACACCUGUAAAGCUGAGGUCUAGGAAUUAAAGAUAAACAAAGCUGGCAAAUAUUUAAUUAAACAUUGUCCCGUUAAGAAAUAGAAAUUGGAAAAAACUAAUGAAUUGUUUUUGCAAACUAAUACACAGAGCACUACUCUAUAAGGAAAACACUUAAAAGAUACAUUAAGGAACAACUAACCGAGUUUAAUUUUAAGACCCAUUUAGCUCUCACUGUCGGAUCUAAAAAUCCAUACAUUUUGUCCUGUGUCAAAGUUAGCUUAGCAAAUUUGAAAACAAUGCUUUUCUUGGAUUUUCUCAAGCUGCUGUAUGCACCUCCAGUGGCAAUAUUUAAUACUGCAAUACAUUUUCACCUCAUUAUGUAAUAACGUCACAUUUUUUAGCAUCCAAAAUACAGCAUAUUAUAAAAUAUGCUGUAUUUUGUAACACAUUUCUUGGACGCAUUAAUUAGAUAAACUAUCACAUGUUAAAUGUUUAAAAAAACAUGAAAUUGGUUGAAUUUUUUCUUUCUGUUUCAUAUUUGCAUUAGUGUGUUCUGUUCUUACUAUCAUGUAAAGUAAUCUUUUGUUCCUCGCUUUUAAAUUUGUUGCAGACAUGACUUAGAUAAAUGAAUUUCCGCAUAGUACAAAUUAUUAAUUAUAAAUUGAUAAUUUUUAUAGCUGGAGCUUGUAUUGUGGCCAAUCGGUGACCACAAUACUGAACAGCAUGCUCUGAUUGGUUUGGUCUCAUGUAGGUGGCCAAUACUUCUGUAGUAUUGAUAAUUUUAGUUUAUUUAGCCACGUUUAAGCUUGAAAACGCUUAACUCAGGACAAGAAUUAUUAUAAUAUACUUUAAAAAUUCUGCAACGUAGUGAAAACGCAAUAUUACAAGCGCAAUAUGGGGAGGGUUGGCUGUAUAGUACAGUAUCGGCAUCCCUGAGUAUUCUAACAUUUUAGUGCGCAUCCCUUUUCUAACGUCAGUAAUACUUCAUUAGUGUAACUUUUGCUUGCACAUUCUCCAUUAUGAUCAGUCAGUGAUGUAUUGUAUAAUGCACCAAAUUGUUAGCCUUUUUUUAACUAAAAAAAAAAAAGUGCAAUAACCAUUGCAUAAUGUAAGACGUUACCACAAAAUGUGUCAAAGCUCAUUAUAAAAUGCAUUCAAGAAUAGUAUUACUAAAUGCGGCGUAAUUGCAUGAUGAGGUAAAAAUGUACUACAUAAUUACAUACAGUAAUGCACCAUUGUUACAUAUUGUGUUGUUAUUCACCUCCCAGUUUUGAAACCCUUGUGCUAAGCCUUUAAAUGUGUAUUUUAGAAAAAAAAAAAAAACAUAAAAAAGUACACCGCACACUGUACAAAAUGAAGGUGUGUUGCUGAGUCUGAC